GAAUAGGUGAACAGAGACGACAGUCCGGCGGGUAGAAUAGAAAUCGGAAAUUCUAUUUCUAUGCAGAAAUAGCUAGUGAGUAGAUAUGUAAAUAUAAUAGUAUCAGAAACUACUCGUGUUGAAUACACUUGUUGAAUCUGGAGAACUAAUUAGUCUUGUAUUUGCGAUGUCGCGUUGCUGCUUGUAGUGAAUCAAAUUCUACUCGAAAGUUGUAAUUUUCUACUGGAUAACUAUAAAUUUAAGAAGCUGAAAAUCCAAUAUGACGAAUGCGAUGAAAAUGCCAUUUCCAAAAGGUGCUCCGGUAGUAGGAUCUAUCGAACAGAUUGUGUCCAACGUCGAAGGUGAAAAAUCAGAUACAACUACGUGGAUAAUUCCCAAUUUACAUUAUUCUAUCACGUCAAGUGCAAACAACAGUCUCGUAUCAAACAGUUUCACCGUAAGCGACGAUGACGGGAUUACUCUUACGUGGUGUUUAGCGAUUAUAAGAUCAGACCUGAAUGGUGUCGUAAGCUAUCGUUUAUUUCCAUUUUUCAUGCCCGAGAACGAUUGUAAAGAAGCAUUUGUAAACAUUGAAUUGUCCCUCAGUGACGAAGGGAAAAAACAGUUCUCUUCUAAUGUUGCUGAAAUUUGUAGAUUUAAUGCAAAAGAUCGGAACAGCUUAGUAAGUUUACAUGUAAAAGGCGAAUUAUCAACCCGCUCUGCAACCUACUGUAAAUGUAAAAUGAUUCACUCAAAUUUGCCUAAAUUUAGCGUAUCGAAAAAUUUAGGUAUUGCAUUCAAGAAUCUGAAAUUUACCGAUGUCAAGUUAUUGUCGAAUGAUGGCAAAGUUCUUGAAGCGCACAGGAUGAUAUUAUCUGCUAGUAGUACCGUCUUCGAUGCCAUGUUCACGCACCAGAUGAAGGAAAAUGAGCAACAGGAGGUAAAAAUCGUAGAUAUGAAUGGAGAAGUGAUGGAAGAAAUGUUACGAUACAUUUAUACAGAUAAAUCAGAAAAACUAGGACUUCUGACUAAAGAACUAUUUGUCGCAGCUGACAAAUACGAUUUGAAGGGAUUGAAAAUGAUGAGCGAAGAUACACUUGUCGCGAAUUUGUCGGUUUCCAACGCCGUAGAAAUUCUACGUUUUUCUGAAUUUCACAAUGCUACUCAACUCAAAACCAAAGUCGUCAAGUUCAUGACAACGAAAGAAAAUGUCGAAGUGUUCGAGACUGACGCAUGGAAAAGUUUCGAUCAGAUCAAUCUACUUAGAGAAGUAUGCGGGGCUUUUGCGAAACGCUAAACGAUUGCCGGCAAAGAUAUUUGUACUUUUAUUUGACCUAUUUUUUAAAUAAAAAAAUCAUCAAAUA